CCCGGGCUCUGGCCAUGUUCUCGGAUGAGGAUUUCUGGAUCGCCCUGUGAAGAGGUCUCCCCGAGAGGGCCCUGCCCAGUCGGAGAGAGGGAUGGACAGCCAGAAGCCGCCUGCUGAAGAUAAAGAUUCAGACCCGGCAGCUGAUGGACUUGCAGCCCCUGAGAAGCCAGGUGCCACUGAACCAGACCUUCCCAUUCUGUGUGUCGGGGAGGUCUUGGUCCCCAGCUCUGGGGCAUCCAGGCUUCCAAAGCCGCCUCAUGACUGCAGUAGGGCUCCAGCACGGCGCUGUGGUCUCUGUAACUGUGGGGAACCCAGUCUGCAUGGGCAGAGGGAACUGCAGCGCUUUGAGUUGCCAUCUGACUGGCCUGGGUUUCCAGUGCUAUCCUCUGGGGGAAGCUCAGGUCCCCGUGAGGCAGUGCUGUCCAAUGAGGACCUGUCACAAAUUGGUUUCCCUGAGGGCCUCACGCCUGCCCACUUAGGAGAGCCUGGAGGGCACUGCUGGGCACAUCAUUGGUGUGCAGCGUGGUCAGCAGGUGUAUGGGGGCAGGAGGGCCCAGAACUAUGUGGUGUGGACAAGGCCAUCUUCUCAGGGAUCUCACAGCGCUGCUCCCACUGCGCCAGGUUCGGUGCCUCCGUUCCCUGCCGCUCACCUGGAUGUUCCCGGCUUUACCACUUUCCCUGUGCAACUGCCAGUGGUUCCUUCUUAUCCAUGAAGACACUGCAGCUGCUUUGCCCAGAGCACAGUGAUGGAGCUGCACAUCUAGAGGAGGCUCGCUGUGCAGUAUGUGAGGGGCCAGGGGAGCUGUGUGACUUGUUCUUCUGUACCAGCUGUGGACAUCACUACCAUGGAGCCUGUCUGGACACUGCUUUGACUGCCCGAAAGCGUGCCGGUUGGCAGUGCCCUGAAUGCAAAGUGUGCCAAGCAUGCAGGAAACCUGGGAAUGAUUCUAAAAUGUUGGUCUGUGAGACGUGUGACAAAGGGUAUCAUACCUUCUGCUUAAAACCACCCAUUGAGGACCUGCCUGCUCACUCGUGGAAAUGUAAGACAUGCCGAAUAUGUCGGGCCUGUGGGGCUGGCUCAGCAGAAUUGAAUCCCAACUCUGAGUGGUUUGAGAACUAUUCACUCUGUCACCACUGUCACAAAGCCCAGGGAAGCCAGCCUGUCAUUCCUGUUGCCGAGCAGCACCCAACUGUCUGUAGCAGAUUUUCACCCCCAGAGUCUGGUGAGAUCUCCACUGAUGAGCCAGAUGCAUGCCAAGGGCAGCCAAAGGGUGAGCACGUGACCUCUAUGCAAACCAAGGAACCGGGGCUCCUGCAAUGUGAAGCCAAACCACUAGGGAGAGCAGGGACCCAACUUGAAGCCCAGUUGGAGGCUCCCCUGAAUGAGGAGAUGCCACUGCUGCCCCCGCCUGAGGAGUCACCUCUGUCCCCACCACCUGAAGAGUCACCCACAUCUCCACCACCUGAGGCCUCUCGCCUGUCCCCACCGACUGAGGAGUCACCCCUUUCUCCACCACCUGAGUCAUCACCUUUUUCUCCACUGGAGGGGAGGCCUCCCCCAUCUCCUGCACUAGACACACCUCUGUCUCCACCGCCCGAAGCCUCACCCCUGUCUCCACCGUUGGAGGAGUCUCCUCUGUCCCCCCCACCAGACGAAUUACCCUCUUCUCCACCACCUGAAGCGUCUCGCCUAUCUCCACCACCCGAAGAGUCACCCAUGUCCCCUCCACCAGAAGAGUCACCCAUGUCCCCUCCACCUGAGGCCUCUUGUCUUUUCCCACCAUUUGAAGAGUCUCCCCUAUCUCCGCCACCUGAGGACUCUCCUUUGUCCCCACCUCCAGAGGCGUCACGACUGUCCCCACCCCCUGAGGACUCCCCCAUGUCUCCCCCACCUGAAGACUCGCCUAUGUCCCCCCCACCUGAAGUGUCACGCUUCUUGCCCCUGCCUGUCCUGUCACAUCUGUCACCUCUGCCUGAGGUAUCACGGCUGUCCCCACCACCUGAGGAAUCUCCCCUGUCCCCACCACCCGAGGACUCUCCCGCCUCACCUCCACCUGAAGCUUCCCGACUGUCCCCACCACCUGAGGACUCUCCCGCCUCACCUCCACCUGAAGCUUCCCGACUGUCCCCACCACCCGAGGACUCUCCCGCCUCACCUCCACCUGAAGCUUCCCGACUGUCCCCUCCCCGUGAAGACUCACCAGCUUCACCACCACCGGAGGACUCACUCAUGUCCCUGCCGAUGGAGGAGUCACCUUUGUCACCACUGCCUGAGGAGCUGAGACUCUGCCCUCAGCCCGAGGAACCAUACCUGUCUCCUCAUCCUGAGGAGCCCCAACUCUGUCCCCAGCCUGAGGAGCUGCCGCUGUCCCCACAGUCUGAGGAGCCAUCCCUGUCCCCUGUGCUUGCAGAACCAGGCCCAUCUUCUCAGCCUGAGGAGCUACGCUUGUCCCCUGUGCCUCAGGAACCACAUCUGUCCCCUCAGCCUAAGCAGUCGCACCUGUCUCCCCAGUCUGAGGAGCCCUGCCUGUCCCCCAUGCCUGAGGAGCCAUGCUUGUCUCCGCAGCCUGAGGAACUAAACCCAUCUCCCCAGCCUGAAGAGCCUCCUGAGGAACCAAGCCAGCGCCCUGCACCUAAGGAGCCGUCCUUGUUCUCCCCAAGUGGGGAGCCACCUUUAUCCCCCAUGCUUGGAGGGCCAGCCCUGUCUGAGCCUGGGGAACCACCUCUAUCCCCACUUCCUGAGGAGCUGCCCUUGUCUUUGUCAGGGGAGCCAGUCUUGUCACCUCAGCUGAUGCCACCAGAUCCUCUUCCUCCUCCACUCUCACCCAUUGUCCCAGCUGCAGCCCCUCCAGCCUUGUCUCCUUUGGGGGAGUUAGAGUACCCCUUUGGUGCCAAAGGGGACAGUGACCCUGAGUCACCAUUGGCUGCCCCCAUCCUCGAGACACCUAUCAGCCCUCCACCGGAAGCCAACUGCACUGACCCUGAGCCUGUACCCCCGAUGAUCCUUCCCCCGUCUCCGGGCUCCCCUAUGGGCCCUGCUUCUCCGAUCCUCAUGGAGCCGCUCCCCCCGCCCUGCUCUCCGCUCCUUCAGCACUCCUUGCCUCCUCCAACCCCUCCUCCUUCCCACUGCUCACCUCCUGCUCUGCCGCUCUCUGUUCCCUCCCCACUGAGUCCCGUGCAGAAGGCAGUGGAUGUCUCGGAUGAAGCUGAGCUGCAUGAGAUGGAGACUGAUAAAGGUCCAGAACCUGAGUGCCCAGCCUUGGAGCCCAGGGCCACCAGUCCUCUGCCAUCCCCUAUGGGGGACCUUUCUUGCCCUGCUCCCAGCCCUGCCCCAGCCCUGGAUGACUUCUCUGGCCUAGGAGAAGACACAGCCCCUCUAGAUGGGACUGAUGCUAAUACAUCACAGCCUCGGACUGGACAGAUCUCUGGCAGUUUGGCUAGUGAACUUAAAGGUUCUCCUGUGCUCCUGGACCCCGAGGAGCUGAUCCCUGUGACCCCUAUGGAGGUCUAUGGCCCAGAAUGCAAGCAGGCAGGGCAGGGCUCACCCUGUGAAGAACAGGAGGAACCCAGUGCACCAAUGGCCCCCAUGCCACCCACUCUCAUCAAAUCCGACAUUGUCAAUGAGAUCUCUAAUCUGAGCCAGGGUGAUGCCAGUGCCAGUUUCCCUGGUUCAGAGCCCCUUCUGGGCUCUCCUGACCCUGAGGGGGGUGGCUCCUUGUCCAUGGAGCUGGGAGUAUCUACGGAUGUUAGUCCAGCCCGAGAUGAGGGUUCCCUACGCCUCUGCACUGACUCACUGCCAGAGACCGAUGACUCCCUGUUGUGUGACACUGGGACAGCAACUAGUGGAGGCAAAGCCGAGGGGGACAAAGGCCGGCGGCGCAGCUCCCCCGCCCGGUCCCGAAUCAAACAGGGUCGGAGCAGCAGUUUCCCAGGCCGACGCCGGCCUCGUGGAGGAGCAGCGCAUGGAGGCCGAGGGAGAGGACGGGCCCGACUGAAGUCGACCACGUCUUCCGUCGAGACACUGGUAGUGGCCGACAUAGAUAGUUCUCCUAGCAAGGAAGAGGAGGAGGAAGACGAUGACACCAUGCAAAAUACCGUGGUUCUCUUCUCUAACACAGACAAAUUUGUUCUAAUGCAGGACAUGUGUGUGGUGUGCGGCAGCUUUGGCCGAGGCGCGGAGGGCCACCUCUUGGCCUGUUCGCAGUGUUCUCAGUGCUAUCACCCGUACUGUGUCAACAGCAAGAUCACCAAGGUGAUGCUGCUAAAGGGCUGGCGCUGUGUGGAGUGUAUCGUGUGUGAGGUCUGCGGCCAGGCCUCCGACCCUUCACGCCUGCUGCUCUGUGAUGACUGCGACAUUAGCUACCAUACAUACUGCCUGGAUCCCCCACUGCUCACUGUGCCCAAGGGUGGCUGGAAGUGCAAGUGGUGUGUGUCGUGUAUGCAGUGUGGGGCCGCCUCCCCUGGCUUCCACUGUGAAUGGCAGAACAGUUAUACACAUUGUGGGCCAUGUGCCAGCCUGGUGACCUGUCCUGUCUGUCAUGCUCCCUAUGUGGAGGAAGACCUGCUGAUCCAGUGUCGCCACUGUGAACGGUGGAUGCACGCUGGCUGCGAGAGCCUCUUCACGGAGGAUGAUGUGGAGCAGGCUGCCGACGAGGGCUUUGACUGUGGCUCCUGCCAGCCCUUUGUAGUAAAGCCUGUGGUACCUGUUGCCCCACCAGAGCUGGUACCUGUGAAGGUAAAAGAGCCAGAGCCCCAGUUCUUUCGCUUCGAGGGUGUGUGGCUGACAGAAACUGGCAUGGCGGUGCUGCGUAACCUGACCAUGUCACCACUGCACAAGCGGCGCCAGCGGCGAGGACGGCUAGGCCUCCCAGGCGAGGCAGGGCUGGAGGGUUCUGAGCCCUCAGAUGCCCUUGGCCCUGAUGACAAGAAGGAUGGGGACCUGGACACUGACGAGCUGCUCAAGGGUGAAGGCGGUGUUGAGCAAAUGGAGUGUGAAAUUAAGCUAGAAGGCCCCGCCAGCCCUGAUGUAGAACUUGGCAAAGAAGAGACAGAGGAAAGCAAAAAGCGCAAGCGCAAACCUUACCGGCCGGGCAUUGGUGGCUUCAUGGUCCGACAGCGGAAGUCUCAUACCCGCGUGAAAAGGGGGCCUGCUGCACAGGCCGAGGUGUUGAGUGGGGAUGGGCACCCCGACGAGGGUGAGACGGUGAUGCCUGCUGAUCUGCCUGCAGAGGGCUCUGCAGAGCAGAGCCUUGCUGAGGGGGAUGAGAAGAAGAAGCAACAGCGACGAGCGCGCAAAAAGAGCAAGCUGGAGGACAUGUUCCCUGCUUACCUGCAGGAAGCCUUCUUUGGAAAGGAACUGCUGGACCUGAGUCGGAAGGCCCUGUUUGCAGUUGGGGUGGGCCGGCCAGGCUUUGGACUAGGAACCUCAAAACCCCGGGGGGAUGGAGGUUCAGAUAGGAAGGAGCUUAUGACAGCUGUGCACAAAGGAGAUGAUGUUCCAGAUGUUGCAGAUGAGGAGUCCCAUGGGCCCGAGGGCACGGCUGAUAUACCAGGGCUUGAAGAUGGAGGUGUAAAGGCAUCCCCAGUGCCUAGUGACCCUGAGAAGCCAGGCACCCCGGGUGAAGGAGUGCUCAGCUCUGACCUAGACAGGAUUCCCACAGAAGAACUGCCCAAAAUGGAGUCCAAGGACCUGCAGCAGCUCUUUAAGGAUGUCCUGGGCUCAGAGCGAGAACAGCCUUUGGGUUGUGGAACUCCUGGCCUAGAAGGCAGCCGUACCCCGCUGCAGAGGCCCUUUCUCCAAGGUGGACUUGCUCUGGGUAGUCUCCCGUCCAGUAGCCCGAUGGACUCUUACCCAGGCCUCUGCCAGUCUCCCUUCUUGGAUUCUAGGGAGCGCGGGGGCUUUUUUAGCCCAGAACCCGGUGAGCCAGACAGCCCUUGGACAGGCUCAGGGGGCACCACCCCUUCCACCCCUACCACACCUACCACAGAGGGCGAGGGCGACGGGCUGUCCUAUAACCAGCGGAGUCUACAACGUUGGGAAAAAGAUGAGGAACUGGGCCAGCUCUCCACUAUUUCACCUGUACUCUAUGCCAACAUUAACUUUCCUAAUCUCAAGCAAGAUUACCCAGACUGGUCUAGCCGAUGUAAACAAAUCAUGAAGCUCUGGAGAAAGGUUCCAGCCGCUGACAAAGCCCCCUACCUGCAAAAGGCCAAAGAUAACCGGGCUGCUCACCGCAUCAGCAAGGUGCAGAAGCAGGCUGAGAGCCAGAUCAGCAAGCAAGCCAAGAUGGGCGACAUAGCCCGCAAGACUGAUCGACCGGCCCUCCAUCUCCGCAUUCCCUCUCAGCCAGGGGCACUGGGCAGUCCGCCCCCUGCUGCGGCCCCCACCAUUUUCCUUGGCAGCCCUACCACUCCUGCUGGCUUGUCUACCUCUGCGGACGGGUUCCUGAAGCCACCAGCGGGCACAGUACCCGGCCCUGACUCACCUGGUGAGCUCUUCCUCAAGCUCCCGCCCCAGGUGCCCGCCCAAGUGCCUUCGCAGGACCCCUUUGGACUGGCCCCUGCCUACGCCCCGGAGCCUCGCUUCUCUGCGGCACCACCCACUUAUCCUCCUUACCCAAGCCCUACUGGAGCCCCUGUCCAGCCCCCAAUGCUGGGUACCACAACUCGACCUGGGACUGGCCAGGGGGAAUUUCAUACUACCCCACCCGGUACCCCGAGACACCAGCCUUCCACGCCUGACCCCUUCCUCAAACCUCGCUGCCCCUCAUUGGACAACUUGGCUGUGCCUGAGAGCCCAGGGGUAGCGGGAGGCAAGGCUUCUGAACCUCUGCUCUCACCCCCACCUUUUGGGGAGUCCCGGAAGUCCCUAGAAGUGAAGAAGGAAGAGCUUGGGGCCUCCUCUCCUGGCUAUGGUCCUCCAAGCCUGGGCUGUGUUGACUCACCCUCUUCAGGCCCCCACCUGGGUGGGCUGGAGUUAAAGGCACCUGAUGUCUUCAAAGCCCCGCUGACCCCUCGGGCAUCUCAGGUAGAGCCCCAGAGCCCAGGCCUGGGCUUGCGGGCCCAGGAGCCACCCCCUGCCCAGGCUUUGGCCCCUUCUUCUCCCAGCCACCCAGAUAUCUUUCGUUCUGGCCCAUACCCCGACCCCUAUGCCCAGCCCCCAUUGACUCCUCGGCCCCAACCACCACCCCCUGAGAGCUGCUGUGCCCCGCCUCCACGAUCACUGCCCUCUGACCCUUUCUCUAGAGUGCCCGCUAGCCCUCAGUCACAGUCCAGUUCCCAGUCCCCACUGACCCCGCGUCCUCUGUCGGCUGAGGCUUUUUGCCCGUCCCCCGUUACCCCUCGCUUCCAGUCCCCCGACCCUUAUUCUCGGCCACCCUCACGCCCUCAGUCCCGUGAUCCCUUUGCCCCAUUGCAUAAGCCACCCCGGCCCCAGCCCCCUGAAGUUGCCUUUAAGGCUGGGCCCCUAGCCCACACUCCGCUGGGAGCUGGGGGCUUCCCAGCAGCCCUGCCCUCUGGCCCAGCCGGUGAGCUCCAUGCCAAGGUCCCAAGUGGGCAGCCCACUAAUUUUGCCCGUUCUCCUGGGACAGGCACAUUUGUGGGCACCCCAUCUCCCAUGCGGUUCACUUUCCCACAGGGGGUAGGGGAGCCUGCCCUAAAACCCCCUGUCCCUCAGCCUGGUCUCCCUUCACCCCAUGGGAUCAACAGCCAUUUUGGGCCUGGCCCCACCUUGGGCAAGCCUCAAAGCACAAACUACGCAGUAGCCACGGGGAACUUUCAGCCCUCGGGCAGCCCCCUGGGGCCCAGCAGUGGGUCCACAGGGGAGGGCUAUGGGCUGUCCCCACUACGCCCCGCAUCCGUUCUGCCACCUCCCACACCUGAUGGAUCCCUCCCCUACUUGUCGCAUGGAGCCUCACAAAGGGUAGGCAUCACCUCUCCAGUGGAAAAGAGAGAAGACCCAGGAGCUGCAAUGAGUAGUAGCUCUUUAGCAACAUCUGAACUCUCAAGUGCCCAGGAUGCAGGCAUGUCUAGCCUCAGCCAAACAGAGCUGGAGAAGCAGCGGCAGCGCCAGCGACUGCGGGAACUGCUGAUUCGACAGCAGAUCCAGCGGAACACCCUGCGGCAAGAGAAGGAAACGGCUGCAGCAGCUGCAGGUGCAGUGGGGCCUCCAGGCAACUGGGGUGCUGAGACCAGCAGCCCCGCCUUUGAACAACUGAGCCGAGGCCAGACCCCUUUCACUGGGUCUCAGGAUAGGAGCAGCAUUGUGGGGUUACCCUCAAGCAAGCUAGGCGGUCCCAUCCUGGGACCAGGAGCCUUCUCCAGCGAUGAUCGGCUCUCCCGGCCACUUCCACCAGCCACACCUUCUUCUAUGGACAUGAACAGCAGGCAACUUGUUGGAGGCUCCCAGGCCUUCUAUCAGCGAACACCCUAUCCUGGGUCCCUGCCCUUACAGCAGCAGCAGCAGCAGCAGCAGCAGCAACAACAACAACAACUGUGGCAGCAGCAGCAGCAGCAGCAACAGCAGCAGCAGGCGGCAGCAGCAGCAACCUCCAUGAGACUUGCCAUGUCUGCUCGAUUCCCGUCUACUCCUGGACCUGAACUUGGCCGCCAAGCACUAGGUUCCCCCUUGGCAGGAGUCCCCACCCGCCUUCCAGGCCCUGCUGAGCCAGUUCCUGGUCCUGCUGGUCCUGCUCAGUUCAUUGAGUUGCGACACAAUGUACAGAAAGGACUUGGACCUGGGGUAUCUCCGUUUCCUGGUCAAGGACCCUCUCAGAGACCCCGUUUUUACCCAGUAAGCGAGGAACCCCAUCGACUGGCUCCUGAAGGUCUUCGGGGUCUGGCUGUUUCAGGCCUCCCCCCACAAAAGCCCUCAGCCACGCCAGCCCCUGAGUUGAACAACAGCCUCCAUCAGACGCCCCAUACCAAGGGUCCUGCUCUACCGGCUGGCUUGGAGCUGGCCAGUCGCCCUCCAUCAAGCACUGAACUUAGUCGUCCUCCUCUAGCCUUGGAGGCUGGGAAGUUGCCUUGUGAGGACCCUGAGCUGGAUGAUGACUUUGAUGCCCACAAGGCCCUAGAGGAUGAUGAAGAGCUCGCUCACUUGGGUCUGGGUGUGGAUGUAGCCAAGGGUGAUGAUGAGCUGGGCACCCUGGAGAACCUGGAGACGAAUGACCCCCACCUGGAUGACCUCCUCAAUGGAGAUGAGUUUGACUUGCUAGCGUAUACCGACCCUGAGCUCGACACUGGGGACAAGAAGGACAUCUUCAAUGAGCACCUAAGGCUAGUAGAGUCAGCAAAUGAGAAGGCUGAGCGAGAAGCCCUGCUGCGGGGGGCGGAGCCUGCAUCCUUAGGCCCUGAGGACCGGCCUCCAGCUGCCCCAGAUAACUCAGAGCCUCGCUCAACAUCUGUGCUCCCUGAAGUGAAGCCCAAAGUGGAGGAGGGAGGGCGCCAUCCUUCUCCUUGCCAGUUCACCAUUAAUACCCCCAAGGUGGAGCCAGCUCCUCCUGCCACUCCCCUCAGCCUGGGUCUGAAGCCAGGACAGACUGUGAUGGGCAGCCGGGACACGCGAGUAGGAGUGGGUAUAGGACCAUUCCCCAGUGGUGGACACACAACUGAGAAGGGCCCAUUUGGGGUCACGGGAGGAACACCAGCUCACUUGUUGAACCCCAGUCCACUGAGUGGCCCAACUGGAUCCUCUCUUUUGGAAAAAUUUGAGCUAGAAAGUGGGGCCCUAACCUUACCCAGUGGACAUCCAGCACCUGGGGAUGAGCUGGACAAAAUGGAGAGCUCUUUGGUAGCCAGUGAGUUGCCCCUGCUCAUUGAGGACCUGUUAGAGCACGAGAAGAAGGAGCUCCAGAAGAAGCAGCAGCUUUCAGCACAGACUGUGCUUCCUGCCCAGCAGCAGCAGCAGCAGCAGCAGCAGCAGCAGCAGCAGCAGCAUGCCCUCCUUCCCACACCAGGCCCCGCCCAGGCACUGCCUUUGCCACAUGAGCCUGGGCCGCCACAGCAGCUUGCUUUGGGCCUUGCAAGUAGCCGACAGCCAGGCUUGGGCCAGUCGAUGGUGCCCACCCAGUCACCAGCUCAUCCCCUUCAGCAGCGCCUGACCCCGUCUGUGGCUAUGGUGUCUAACCAAGGGCAUAUGCUCAGUGGGCAGCAAGCGGGGCAGACAGGCCUGGUGCCCCAGCAGGGUUCACAACCAGUGUUAGCACAGAAGCCCAUGAGUGCCAUGCCAGCGUCCAUGUGCAUGAAGCCCCAGCAGCUGGCAAUGCAGCAGCAGCAGCAGCAGCUGGCUAACAGUUUCUUCCCAGACACAGACUUGGACAAAUUUGCUGCCGAAGACAUCAUUGAUCCUAUUGCAAAGGCCAAGAUGGUAGCUUUGAAAGGCAUCAAGAAAGUGAUGGCUCAAGGCAGCAUCGGGGUGGCACCUGGUAUGAGCAGGCAGCAAGUGUCCCUGCUGGCGCAGAGGCUCUCCGGGGGGUCUGGCAGUGAUCUUCAGAACCAUGUGGCACCUGGGAGUGGCCAGGAACGGAAUGCUGGUGACCCUUCCCAGCCUCGUCCUAACCCACCCACUUUUGCCCAGGGAGUGAUCAAUGAGGCUGACCAGAGGCAGUAUGAGGAAUGGCUGUUCCAUACCCAGCAGCUCCUCCAGAUGCAGCUGAAGGUGCUAGAGGAGCAGAUUGGUGUGCACCGCAAGUCUCGGAAGGCGCUGUGUGCCAAGCAGCGCACUGCCAAAAAGGCCGGCCGCGAGUUCCCCGAAGCUGAUGCUGAGAAGCUCAAGCUGGUUACAGAGCAGCAGAGCAAGAUCCAGAAGCAGCUGGACCAGGUUCGGAAACAGCAGAAAGAGCACACAAAUCUCAUGGCAGAAUAUCGGAACAAGCAGCAGCAGCAGCAGCAGCAGCAGCAGCAACAGCAACAGCAGCAGCAGCAGCAACAGCAGCACUCAACUGUACUGGCUGUCAGCCCUUCCCAGAACCCUCGGGUACUCACCAAGCUCCCUGGCCAACUGCUCCCUGGCCAUGGCUUACAGCCACCACAGGCACCUCCGAGUGGGCAAGCUGGAGGUCUUCGUCUGCCUCCAGGGGGUAUGGUACUCCCUGGACAGUCUGGUGGUCCAUUCCUCAAUACUACCUUGGCCCAGCAACAGCAGCAUUCUGGUGUGGCUGGAUCCUUGACUGGCCCCUCAGGGAGCUUCUUCCCUGGCAAUCUUGCUCUCCGAAGCCUUGGACCUGACUCGAGACUUUUACAGGAAAGGCAAUUACAGCUGCAGCAGCAACGAAUGCAGCUGGCCCAGAAACUGCAGCAGCAGCAGCAGCAGCAGCAGCAGCACCUCUUAGGGCAAGUGACAGCCCAACAGCAACAGGGUCCCGGAGCACAGAGCCAGGCUCUGGGUCCUAAGCCUCAGGGCCUUCUGCCUCCCAGCAGCCACCAGGGCCUCCUGGUCCAACAGUUGUCCCCCCAGCAGUCCCAGGGGUCCCAGGGCAUGCUAGGUCCUGCCCAGGUGGCAGUGCUGCAGCAGCAGCACUCGGGAGCUUUGGGUCCUCAGGGCCCUCACAGACAGGUGCUUAUGAGUCAGUCCAGGGUGCUGAGCUCCCCUCAGCUGGCACAGCAGGGCCACAGCCUUAUGGGACACCGGCUGCUCACAGCCCAGCAGCAGCAGCAGCAGCAGCAGCAGCAGCAGCAGCAGCAGCAGGGAUCUAUGACAGGGCUUUCGCAGCUUCAGCAAGGAAUGAUGUCACAUAGUGGACAGCCCAAAAUGAGUGCUCAGGCCUUGGGUUCUUUACAGCAGCAGCAGCUACAGCAACAACAACAACAGCUGCAGCAACAACAGCAACAACAGCUGCAGCAGCAGCAACAACAGCAGCUGCAGCAACAACAGCAGCAGCUGCAGCAACAACAACAACAGCAGCUGCAGCAGCAGCAACAACAACAGCUGCAACAACAACAGCUGCACCAGCAACAACAGCUGCAGCAACAACAGCUGCAGCAACAACAGCUGCACCAGCAACAACAGCAGCAACAACAGCUGCACUUGCAGCAACUUCAGCAACAGCAGAUGGGUCUCUUGAACCAGAAUCGAACUUUAUUAUCUCCGCAGCAGCAGCAGCAGCAACAACAGCAAGUGACACUUGGCCCCAGCAUGCCAGUCAAGCCUCUUCAACACUUUUCUAGCCCUGGAGCCCUAGGCCCAACCCUCCUCCUGACAGGCAAGGAACAAAACAAUGCAGAGACAACACUUCCUUCAGAGGUCACUGAGGGACCCUCAGCGCAUCAAGGAGCACCACCAGCAGUGGGGACGACACCUGAGUCAGUGUCUGCUGAGCCAGGGGAGGUAAAGCCCUCCAUUUCCGGAGACUCACAACUCCUGCUUGUCCAACCUCAGGCCCAAUCUCAGCCCACCUCAAUGCAGCUGCAGCCACCGCUAAGGCUCCCAGGACAACCCCAACAGCAGGUGAACUUGCUUCAUACGGCAGGUGGAGGAAGCCAUGGGCAGCAGCUAGGGAGUGGAUCCUCCUCUGAGUCCCCAUCUGUACCCCACCUGCUGGCCCAACCCUCUGUUUCCUUGGGGGAGCAGCCUGGACCUAUGGCCCAGAACCUUCUGGGCUCCCAACAGCCCCUUGGGCUAGAUCGACCCAUUCAAAAUAACACAGGGUCACAGCCUCCCAAAUCGGGACCUGCCCCUCCUCAGUCUGGACAGGGUCCUCCUGGAGUUGGAGUCAUGCCUACAGUGGGUCAGCUUCGAGCACAGCUCCAAGGAGUCCUGGCCAAAAACCCGCAGCUGCGGCACCUGAGCCCACAGCAGCAGCAGCAGCUGCAGGCACUCCUCAUGCAGCGGCAGCUGCAGCAGAGUCAGGCAGUACGCCAGACUCCACCGUUCCAGGAGCCCGGGACCCAGCCCUCUCCCCUCCAGGGCCUCCUGGGCUGCCAACCUCAACCUGGGGGUUUUUCUGCAUCUCAGACAGGACCCCUCCAGGAGCUAGGGGCAGGGUCUCGACCUCAGGGCCCACCCCGGCUCCCUGUCCCACAAGGAGCCUUAUCUACAGGACCAGUGCUUGGCCCUGUCCAUCCCACACCUCCACCUUCCAGUCCCCAAGAGCCAAAGAGACCUUCACAAUUACCUUCCCCCAGUGCCCAGCUAACCCCAACCCACCCCGGGACUCCAAAGCCCCAGGGGCCACCCUUGGAGCCGCCUUCUGGGAGAGUCUCACCUGCUGCCGCCCAGCUUGCGGAUACUUUCUUUGGCAAGGGGCUAGGACCUUGGGACCCCUCAGACAACCUCACCGAAGCCCAGAAGCCAGAGCAGAGCAACCUGGUACCCGGGCAUCCAGAACAGGUGAACGGACAGGUGGUACAUGAGCCAUCCCAACUUGGCAUCAAGCAGGAGCCUCGGGAAGAGCCGUGUGCCCUGGGUGCACAGACAGUGAAAAGGGAGGCCAAUGGGGAGCCAGCCGGGGCACCGGGCACCAGCAACCACCUUCUGCUAGCAGGCUCCCGCUCGGAGGCCGGGCAUCUGCUCUUGCAGAAGCUUCUCCGGGCAAAGAAUGUGCAGCUUGGUGCUGGGCGGGGGCCUGAGGGGCUUCGAGCUGAGAUCAAUGGACACAUUGACAGCAAGCUGUCAGGGCUGGAGCAGAAACUACAGGGUACUUCCAGCAACAAAGAGGAUGCAGCCACAAGAAAGCCUUUGCCAGCAAAGCCUAAGCGGGUACAGAAGACAAGUGACAGAUUGGCGAGCUCCCGAAAGAAACUGAGGAAAGAAGAUGGGGUCAGGGCCAACGAGGCCUUAUUGAAACAGCUAAAGCAGGAACUGUCCCAGCUGCCGCUGACGGAGCCCACCAUCACCGCCAAUUUUAGCCUCUUUGCUCCCUUUGGUAGUGGCUGCCUAGUCAGUGGGCAGAGCCAGCUUAGGGGGGCCUUUGGAAGUGGGGCUCUGCACACCAGCCCUGACUACUAUUCUCAGCUGCUCACCAAGAAUAACCUGAGUAACCCGCCGACACCACCCUCGUCGCUGCCCCCCACCCCACCCCCAUCGGUGCAGCAGAAGAUGGUGAACGGUGUUACUCCCUCUGACGAGCUGGGGGAGCACCCCAAGGAUGCAGCCUCUGCCCAGGACAGUGAAGGAGCACUGAGGGAUGCUGCAGAAGUGAAGAGUUUAGACCUGCUGGCUGCUCUGCCUACACCCCCCCACAAUCAGACUGAGGAUGUCAGGAUGGAGAGUGAGGAGGACAGCGAUUCCCCUGACAGCAUUGUGCCAGCUUCAUCCCCUGAGAGCAUCCUUGGGGAAGAGGCCCCGCGUCUUCCUCAGCUGGGCUCUGGCCGGUGGGAGCAAGACAACCGGGCCCUCUCCCCUGUCAUCCCUAUCAUCCCUCGCACCAGCAUCCCAGUCUUCCCAGAUACCAAACCUUACGGGGUCCUUGACCUGGAGGUCCCUGGAAAGCUGCCUGCUACAGCUUGGGAGAAGGGCAAGGGAAGUGAGGUGUCAGUCAUGCUCACAGUCUCUGCUGCUGCUGCCAAGAACCUGAACGGCGUGAUGGUAGCAGUGGCUGAGCUGCUAAGCAUGAAGAUCCCCAAUUCCUAUGAGGUGCUGUUCCCACAUGGCCCUGCCCGGACAGGCCUUGAGCCCAAGAAGGGGGAAGCUGAGGCUUCUGGUGGGAAAGAAAAAGGUUUGAGUGGCAAGGACGCAGACACUGGACCUGAUUGGCUAAAGCAGUUUGAUGCAGUGUUGCCUGGCUACACCCUCAAGAGCCAAUUAGACAUCUUGAGCCUCUUGAAGCAGGAGAGUCCUGCUCCAGAGCCAUCCGUCCAGCACAGCUACACCUAUAGUGUCUCCAACCUGGAUGUGAGACAGCUCUCCGCCCCACCUCCUGAGGAACCUUCCCCACCUCCGUCCCCUUUGGCACCCUCUCCUGCCAGUCCUCCCGUUGAGCGCAUGGUUGAACUUCAGGCCGAACCAUCUGCUGAGCCACCCAUCCCUUCACCUCUACCACUGGCUUCAUCCCCUGAAUCUGCCCGCCCCAAACCCCGAGCCCGGCCCCCUGAAGAGAGCGAAGAUUCCCGUCCCCCACGCCUCAAGAAGUGGAAAGGGGUACGCUGGAAGCGGCUGCGGCUCCUGCUGACCAUCCAGAAGGGCAGUGGUCGGCAAGAGGAUGAACGGGAGGUGGCAGAGUUUAUGGAGCAGUUUGGUACAGCUUUGAGACCAAGCAAGGUGCCCCGGGACAACCGCCGAUGCUGCUUCUGUCAUGAAGAGGGAGACGGUGCCACCGACGGGCCCGCCCGCCUGCUUAACCUUGACUUGGACCUCUGGGUACACCUCAACUGUGCCCUGUGGUCCACAGAAGUGUACGAGACCCAGGGUGGGGCAUUGAUGAAUGUAGAGGUUGCCUUGCACCGAGGCUUGCUAACCAAGUGCUCCCUUUGCCAGCGAACUGGUGCCACUAGCAGCUGCAACCGCAUGCGCUGCCCCAAUGUCUACCAUUUUGCCUGUGCCAUCCGCACUAAGUGCAUGUUCUUCAAGGACAAGACCAUGCUGUGUCCGAUGCACAAGAUCAAGGGCCCCUGUGAGCAGGAGCUGAGCUCAUUUGCUGUCUUCCGGAGGGUCUACAUUGAACGAGAUGAGGUGAAGCAGAUUGCCAGCAUCAUCCAGCGAGGAGAGCGGCUACACAUGUUCCGGGUAGGAGGUCUUGUGUUUCAUGCCAUUGGACAGCUGCUCCCACACCAGAUGGCUGACUUCCACAGUGCCACUGCCCUCUAUCCUGUGGGCUACGAGGCCACGCGUAUCUACUGGAGUCUUCGUACUAACAAUCGUCGCUGCUGCUACCGGUGUUCCAUCAGUGAGAAUAAUGGACGGCCUGAGUUUGUGAUCAAAGUCAUGGAGCAGGGUUUAGAGGAUCUGGUCUUCACCGAUGCGUCUCCCCAAGCUGUGUGGAACCGCAUCAUUGAGCCCGUGGCUGCCAUGAGAAAAGAAGCCGACAUGCUGAGACUCUUCCCUGAGUACCUGAAAGGCGAAGAACUCUUUGGGCUGACAGUACAUGCUGUGCUUCGCAUAGCUGAAUCACUACCUGGGGUGGAAAGCUGUCAGAACUAUUUAUUCCGCUAUGGGCGCCACCCCCUGAUGGAGUUACCGCUCAUGAUCAACCCCACCGGCUGUGCCAGAUCAGAACCGAAAAUCCUCACACACUACAAACGGCCCCACACCUUGAACAGCACGAGCAUGUCUAAGGCGUACCAGAGCACCUUCACAGGCGAGACCAACACCCCAUACAGCAAGCAAUUUGUGCACUCCAAGUCAUCCCAGUACCGGCGCCUGCGCACCGAGUGGAAGAACAACGUGUAUCUGGCUCGUUCACGGAUCCAGGGCCUCGGGCUCUAUGCAGCCAAGGACCUGGAGAAGCAUACAAUGGUCAUCGAGUACAUUGGCACCAUCAUUCGCAAUGAGGUGGCCAACCGGCGGGAGAAAGUCUAUGAGGAGCAGAAUCGAGGCAUUUACAUGUUUCGGAUAAACAAUGAGCAUGUGAUUGAUGCCACGUUGACUGGAGGCCCUGCCAGGUACAUUAACCACUCCUGUGCCCCUAACUGUGUAGCAGAGGUUGUGACAUUUGACAAGGAGGACAAAAUUAUUAUCAUCUCCAGCCGGCGAAUCCCCAAAGGAGAGGAGCUGACCUAUGACUAUCAGUUUGAUUUUGAGGACGAUCAGCACAAGAUCCCCUGUCACUGUGGAGCCUGGAACUGUAGGAAAUGGAUGAACUGAGAAGCUGUGAGGCUACCAGGCAGGGGAGUUCCCCCCACUCCACCUCUUCCCUGAAAGGGAUGAGGGGGAAGAGAGGUAGCAGCCAGAGCCAGGACCCAGGGCUGGGGCUGCCGGCUGACCGGAGCCCCUGGAGCAGGAGGCUGGGGCGGAGAACCCUAGGCCAAGCCUACCCUGGGCACCAGGGACAACCUUCUUCCCUGCCACCGGCCCUUAGGCUGGCAUCUGCCCCCAGUUCCAGGAGGGGACAGACAGGAGCAGCCGCUGGGCAUCUCAGGUUUGAGGGGGAUAUGGGCCGGGACUACCCAGAAGUGUCAGGGAGCAGGGAGGGGUGUGCGGCCGGCCGGGCCUCACAGCCUAGCUGCCUCCACCGACUUCGCUGGCCCAACUCAAGGCUGCAAAGAGACUUGACUAAGCUUGACAAUCCCAAAGGCCGGGUCCCACACCUGGCCCUGCCUGCCGGGUCCUGCCCCUACCCUCACCCCCAUCCCCUUCCUCUCUAUCUGUCUCUGUCUCCCUCUUUUCCUCUGUGUUUCUGUCUCUCUAUGGGUUGUGUUUCCUUGUUUUCCACUCUGACAAAUGCAACAUGACGGGAAAGAGGCAUCCAGAUGCCCAGGAGGGCAAGCCGGGCAAGCCGGGCAAGCCGGGCAGGCCGGGCAAGGAGACCCCGCACCCACACCUACCUCAUUUAAGUGUUGGAUUUUUUGCUGUUUUGAAAUGUGAGACCCUCUCCGAGCCCCCUACUGCCCCGACUCUCUCCCCCACCUCACUGCCCUCGUCUAGUGGGUGGAAGGGGGGGGUAGGAGAAGGAUAACAACAACAAUAACAACAACAGAAAUCCAUCUUUGUUUUUAAUUAUGGGCGUGGGAUGGCGGCUGAGGCAAAUGGUGAUGAAGACUGGGGUGACUGGUCCCUAGUUGCUCUAGGACCUCCUUCUCCAUCUGGACAUGGAGGCAGGAGGGGUGUGCUAAACCUAGGACCAGGAUCUCGCUCUCCUGUUUUCCCAGCCUCAUCCUGAGCCCAUCUGCCCUCCAGCCCCUGGACGGGGUGUGGGGGGUAGGGUGAGGGCUAUCCCUGAGUGGCGUGCCCAUACCCAGUGAGGCAGGGUGUGGCCCAGAGCUCUCACUUGCCCUCAGUCACCAAACUGCUGCUGGUCUGGUGGGAAUGGGUGGUGAUGUGGGGGUGGGGAGCUUAGUGUCAGCGCGGGGAGGGUGGGGGGUAUUUAUCUAUUUAUACAUGGGAUUGUACAUAGUCUUGUGGGGCAUGGGGGAGCCGGCCGGAGGUGAGAACCCUCCCCUCUCCCCCUACCCCCGGGGAGAGCAAAUGUAAAACUACUAAUUUUUGUGCUUUAUAUAUUCUAUAUAAAUAUAUCUAUUUUCUUUUUACAAAA